AUAAGAAAAAAAAAACCAAAAAAUUAGAAAGAACCGAACCGAAUAGAGGCAAAUUUCAAAGAAAAAAAAACCCCAAAAAACUGUGAAGAAGAAGAAGAAAAGGUCGUUGAUUUCUGCUUCACUGCGAAGAUGAACGGAGGCCCAUCUGGUUUCACAAAUGCUCCCGUCACAAGGGCUUUCAUCAUCGCCUCUGCGCUAUUCACAAUAUUCUUUGGGAUCCAGGGUCGUUUCAACACUCUGGGGUUGUCUUAUCAGGAUAUUUUCGGAAAGCUUCGCUUUUGGAAGUUGAUUAUGUCCAUAUUUUCCUUCACAUCAACGCCGGAGUUGAUGUUUGGACUAUAUCUACUAUAUUAUUUCAGGGUAUUUGAGAGACAAAUCGGUUCCAAUAAAUACUCAGUGUUUAUUGUGUUCUCCAUAUUAUCUUCGCUACUGUUUGAGGUAUUUUCUGUAGCACUUUUAAAAGAUCCUACAGCAACCCUAGUCACUCCCGGACCUUAUGGCCUUAUAUUUGCUUCAUUUGUACCCUUUUUCUUUGACAUUCCCGUUUCAACACGGUUCCGCUUAUUUGGUUUCCACUUCUCAGAUAAGUCAUUCAUAUAUCUAGCUGGUCUUCAGCUUCUAUUGUCUUCAUGGAAAAGGUCCAUCUUACCAGGGUUGUGCGGCAUCCUUGCUGGUUCCGUAUACCGUUUGAAUGUCUUAUAUAUCCGCAAAGCAAAGUUCCCGGAGUUUAUUUCAUCAUUCUUUUCACGAAUUUCCUUGCCAUCUAUGGGGAGUCCGCGGCCAACAUCAACAAGGAAUGUUGUGGGAAGUGUACCCUCCUACCCAGCUCGCCAAAUGGAGAGAAACUAUCCAAUGCAUUCUGCAGUAGAACCAUCCGAGGACUCAAUCACGACCCUUGUUUCAAUGGGAUUUGACAGGAAUUCGGCAAGACAAGCCCUAGUGCAGGCGAGAAAUGACGUCAAUGUUGCAACAAACAUCCUACUAGAGGCACAGUCCCACUAAUUCCAUAAAACCAAAGAUGGAUUUGUUCUGAAUUGAUAGAUGAAAAGGCCACUGCUCUCGAAAAAUCUUGGAAAUUUACUAAUUAUGAUGUGAGGAUGUUUGUGAACUUGUGGCAUUCAUCUUAUCAUCCUCAAGUUCCUAUUGAGGAUCAUUUUUUCCACCUUAACUUUAAUCUUUAGAUAUAUCCAUUUUAGUACUGUUGUUAAUAGAUCAAUGAGAAUUAGGAGCUUGUACAAAUCACUAGAAACAAUAUGGAAAACAUGCGUAUCCUUUUUUACCAGAUAUUGUUCUAUGCAGUUUGUUAAAGCACAGACAUUAACAAUGUCACUCUAAUGAGUUCUGCUUACUGUCUACUAUUGAAUUUUCAUGUAUUA